AUGGGAAAUAAUUAAAAAAAGUUAAAUCAACCUCUUUAUGAAUUAUAGGAUUCAUCUACAUUUAAAAUGAAAUAUCCAAGUUACUCCAUAGCUAUUAACUAAAGUGGGUCUUUAAUUUUAACAAAUGUAUUUUCAACUAUAUUAAUAAUUGGUUAUAAUGGAAAAUCUUUUAAAAGCCUUUCCAGCGUUAAGAAACAUGAAUCUUGUGUUAGUGUUCUUAAAUUUUUUAAUUUGAGAGAAUAAUUUAUUUCAGGCUCUGGUGAUUAUUCAAUUAUUAUUUGGCCUACAAUUUUAGGAACAACAAAAUAUAUAUAAAAACUUUAAGGUCAUAGAGGAAUGAUUACAUGUCUAACUAUUCAUCCACUUAAUGAAGAUUUAAUUAUUUCUGGAGACUAUAAAAGUACAAUCAGAUUUUGGUCAAUAUAAAAAUCUCUAAAUAAAUAGUAAACAUCUUUAUAAUGGAUAUGUAUUCAAGAAAUAAUAGAGCUUAAAAGUUCAGUUUGUAGUAUAUCUAUAAAUGAAAUUGGAAAUUAAGUAAUCUCUUGUGAUAGAAAUUCACUCAUUUUAGUUAUUGAAAAAAGUAUAAAUACAAAUAAUUGGUUUGUCAAAUAAAAAAUAGAUGUUGAAUCACUUGAAGGUGCUGGAGUGAGUUUUUUAAAAGAUGAUAGAUUUAUAUUUUAAUCUUCUAGUGAAAGUACUCUUAAUUUAUAUGUAUUACAAUAAGAAGGAAAAUACAAUAAAAUUUAAUAAGUUCAACUUAAAAAAUACAAAGAUGACAUAUAAAUUCGUUAAACAUUAUUAUAUAAAAAUAAAUAGAAUAUAUUGACAAUCAAAAAAGGUGAGAAACUAUUCAUCAUAAAAAUUGAAGAUUAAAAUAAUUCUAAUAAAAAUAAUACAAAUAAUGAUUAAUUAAUCUUAAAGUAUGUAUAAAAAAUUGAUUUUAAGACAUGGUUUUUCUAUUAAGCAUUAAGUGAUAAUGGUUAAUACUUAGUAACUAAGGAUAAUGAAUCAAAAUAAAUGAAAAUGUGGAAUCUCAAAAAAGAAUUUGAACAUUGA